AUGGCAACGCCACGUAAAAGUCUUCACAAGUCACGCAGCGGUAUGCUUCGCGCAGAAGCCGCAUCUGGCUCCUCCUCGAUGCCUUCUUCCCCGCUCGCUCGCUCCUCUUCUACCCCGUACCACCUCUACACGGCGGCAAAGGGGGAUGGCUCUCCUUCCUCGGCCGCCUCAUCCUCAUCCAUGUCGCCCUUUAUCAGUGGCAGCCCCUACGCAUCCUCACCAGCAGCUCGAGGAAUUCCCCGCGGUCUUGGUGCAGAGGCGGCACACAGCCCCGUGCGAAGGAAGGGCACAAGCUUCGGCAGCCCGGGUAUGAAGGCGACCUCUACGAUGGCGGCUGGAGGCGGAGGAGCAGCAGCGGCGGCCUCGCCGUCUCCGGCACCAGGGAGCAAAAGGUCAGCCGGACGAAAGAGCAAUGCGUUCAUCCGACGCAAGACAUGGCAGCAAAAGCUCCAAGAGCUUCCCACAGACGUCAAUGAUCGUCUCGCCUCGCUUCUUCAGACGGUCGAGGAGAGCCUGCACGAGCCUGCUCUUGGUUAUCCCAUUGGCAUUGCCCUGCAUGUCAUAUCCCUGGUCUCGCAUCUCAUCUCGCCAGAGUCGGAUCUCUCUCUCUCCCUUCUGGCAGGCAUUGACGGGCGUACAAGCAGCCGCGACUCCGGCUCACUCUUCAGCAGCAGUGUCGGUGGCGGCAGCGGCGGCGGCGGCAGACGAAGCCUACGACGCACGAUGCAGAUCAAUCGGGCGGCCGCCUGGUCUUGGACAGCUUCUGUCCUCUCCCUCGCCCUCAUCGCCCUUUCCCUGUACAACGCCUACCUGUGUCUCUCUUCUCGCCGUCGAUACCGCCUCUGGAUGAAGAGCGCAGACAGCAAAGUCUCCAGCCAGAAUGCGCGCCUCGUUCCCAUUCAUCUCGACGAGGAGGACGAUGGUCACGACAAGCCCAGGCUUCAAGAGCGCUUUGCCUCCUUGAUCCUAUCACAACUUCAGCGAAUCCCCCUUCUCGGCGCCCUUGUUCCGAACGGCCCUUAUCUGGGUAGCAACAAGCGCCUCCUCGUUGACGCACAGAUCCACGAGCUACACAUCUGGCAACCUCCACCAGUCACCCUUCGCGUCCUCACCAUCUACUCGCCCUUGUCAGCCCUUCUCUGGCACAUAGUCAGCGGGCCAUUGCUGCCCGUCUCUGGAUUCGUUGCCUGGGUCAUCUUCUUUGUGCUCAUGCAAGGUGGACUGGCCGUGUCGCUCGUGGGAUUGGCCACGCUGUUCGAGGGUCUUGUAAGGGACAAGGAGCUGCUGGCUGCCGAGGUCAUGAGGGAGUACGAUGAGAAGUUCGUCCUUCCCCGUGCCAUGCCCGCCGUACGCGAUGCAAGCACGAUGACCACAAUGACUGCGCAGCGAAUCGACACUGAUAUCAGGAGCAACGCUGCGUCCGGAUCAGCAAACCACCACAGGCGUGCCGAUGGUGACGUCGUCGGUGAUUCGACCGUGCCCACCUUUGCGGCUCGUCACAGCGCCGCUGACGGCAGUCCCAGUGUGAGCAGGAUGCCGUACUACUAG